AUGUUCGACGACUGGUUCGACCCGGAGGAGGAGUCGCUCCAGGGCGACGUCGAGGCGCUGAACUCGGACGUCGAGAGCGACCGGAGCUCCCUCGGCUCCGCGGGGUCCGACGCGUCGGACCUCGAGGAAUUGCAGAGCCACAUCUCGUCCGCGGCCGCGACGCUGCUCGAGGCCGGCGCGGACCACUACAACGCCGUCGUCGACACGCUGCUCCGCCACGGCGCGGACAUCGAGGCGCCGGACGCCGUCGGCCGCACGCCGCUCCACGCGGCCAUCGACCGCGGCGACUUUGGGCUCUGCGGCAUCCUGAUGGACCGCGGCGCGGACGUCAACGCGGUCGACUACGCGGGCUUCUCGUGCCUGAGCCUCGCGGCGCGGCGCGGCCGCGUGCUCAUCGCGCGGAGUCUGGUCAGGCGCGGCGCGGAGCGGUCCGUCGACGGCAACGUGCGCGAUUCGCGCGACAUGACGCCCCUCAUGCUCGCGGCGAAGGCGGACCGCGUCGACGCGGUCCAGGCGCUCGUCAACAUCGCGGACGUCGACAUCCUGGCCACGGACAAGAAGGGCCAGACGGCGCUCCACAUGGCCGCGCGCGUCGGCAGCGUCAAGACCGUCAAGGCCCUGCUCAAGUGCGGCCACGACGUGCGCGUCAUGGACCACGAGGGCAACCAGCCCGUCCACGCGGCGUGCCGCGGCGGCGACGUGCUCACGGUGGAGACCCUGGUCGCCUACGACGCGCCCCUGGGCUGCCGGAACUGGGCGGGCUUCACGCCCAUCGGCGUCGCGCGC